GACUUCGUCAACUGUUUCCUUCUAGCCUUCCGUGUACGAUAGACUCCAUUUAAUCUCUCUCGUUCCGGGUCCGCCUUCACCCCCUCAACGCCUUUCAACCUUGUUGUUUUUUUUUUUUUUUCCCCCGCACCAGACUGAGCCACAAUGUAAGUCAACCCCCCGACCAUGCAUGCCACCAACGGCAAGGACUCUGGCUAAUAAGCAGUUCCUGAGACAUCAUGCAGGCGUAUUACGGUGAACGUGAUCCGACCGGACCAGGCCGACCUGGACUUGAUUCCCUUGGUGGUGGGCCCGGAUAUGACAAUUGACCUCCUCAAAAGCAUCGUGGAGAGUGAAACAUCGAUUCCUCCUUCCUCGCAACGACUCGUCUAUAAUAAUCAGCUCCUGGCCGAUGAUUCGAAGACUCUCGAGCAAGUCGGGAUCGGAGAGGGAGAUAUGCUGGGGGUUCAUGUGAUGGUUCGGGGUCCUCCUCCUCCCCAGCCUCGCCCCGCGCCCGGCCCAAGUAGCUCCCUUGCUGCCCAACAGCACACCCAGCGACGACAGCAACAAAUGACUCCAGACCCCGAGAUGAUCCGCUUGCACAUCCUAGGCGAUCCCCGCGUGCGCGACGCCGUACGACAACGGAAUCCCGAAUUGGCUGAAGUGGCCCAGGACCCUCAGCGAUUCCGGGAGGUGCUCACCGCGCAACAACGGCAGGAGGCCCAGAAGGAGGCGGAGAAGGAGGCGCGGAUCGCCAUGCUGAAUGCCGAUCCGUUCAACCCCGAAAAUCAGAAAGAGAUCGAGGAGAUCAUCCGUCAGAAUGCCGUCACGGAGAACCUGCACAAUGCCAUGGAGCACCAUCCAGAGUGUAAGUCAAAGGUCGCAUGGGCCAAGCCAGGAUGAGAGAUGCACACCGCUAACAGGUACCCCCCACACAGCCUUUGGUCGUGUAACCAUGCUGUAUAUUCCCGUCGAAGUCAACGGCCACAAGCUCAAUGCCUUCGUCGACUCGGGCGCCCAGGUCACCAUCAUGUCUCCCGAGUGCGCAACCGCGUGCAAC